GUUUUGAAAUGAUUCAGAAAAAAUAAUGUAUAGUCUUAUUAAGAUUAUCGUUGUAUUGUGGUCUGUAUCAGAUUUCGGUACAGCCUAUACGAGAUGCCCAACUGUUCCUCAGGACUGUGAAAUCGAAUGCAUUAAAUUUUUCUGGAACGAAAACAGAAAAUGCUCGACAUGUGACUGUGUACCGCUAGCAGGCACUACAGAAUUAUAUGAGGAAGACAUAAAGAUCGACGAUAAAACAGAAAAAGUUUUAAUGAAACUUCUGAAUUCAAAUGUGAGAGGAGCGGGCAAUGAUCAAAUAACGAAAUGGUUUUUAAACCGGAAUGGUGACAACUGGGAAAUCCCAUACGAGAUUGCCGGCAUAGAUUACGCAGUGGAAGCAAUUAAUCUAGCCAUUGCCGAUUUCCAUGCAAAUACUUGCAUACGAUUUGUUCAACGAGUGAAUGAAGAAAAAUAUAUCAGAUUUAUGAAUGGCGGAUCUGGAUCAUGUUGGUCUUAUGUUGGGGUCAGAAGCAACGGCAUAAACGAUGUAUCCAUCGGUAGGGGAUGCCAGCAAAAGGGAAUUGUAAUUCACGAGCUGAUGCACGCACUCGGAUUCUGGCACGAACAGUCAAGGCCUGAUCGAGAUAAUUACGUCACAAUAUUGUGGGAUAAUAUAAUAGACGGAAAAGAACAUAAUUUCAAUAAGCAUACCAAUAUAGAUAGUCUUGGCUCGAAAUACGACACUCUCUCGGUGAUGCAUUAUUCUAACGGGGCUUUCAGUAAAAACGGCCUGCCAACAAUAAUCCCCGCUGAUGGAAGUGAUACAUUACAAACUCAGCGUGAAGGAUUCGUUGCAACCGAUAUAGAGCAAAUAAAACGAAUGUACUGCGGCGACGUGGAACCGACAGUGGGGCCGACAACAGCAACACCUUGCUUGGAUCUAAUUAAAGUUAAAAAAUGCAGAAAGUUGGUAAAGAAAAAUAAGUGCAAUUCGAAAAAAGCUAAAAGGGUAUGUGCCAAGACUUGUGGAAUAUGUACUUCCGCCACCAAAGACAUACAACCCAAAGCAUAACAAUGAGAAGAUCCGGAUUUACAAAUAAAUAGUUAUUAUCAUAUAAUACAUUCAAGUCAGGAUUCCUUGCAUCAAUACUUUAAUUCAGUGCCGAACGAAAUAUGAGUUAGUGUUACAUAUAGAUUUGACACUAGCAUCACUAUUUCAGGCAAACACGAACUAUACUUACUAAUUGUGUUAUGGUGUUGAAAAUACUUCUAUAUUUGGUGGGUGUGUUUGGCUAUAUUUUUCCAUGUUCGUUUUACCUUUAUAUUUUUGUGGCGCCUAUAGCCUUGGUUUAAAAUAAAUGGAAUUUGAUAUAA